UGAUCUGUCAGAAUAAAGUAAUGUUCUGAGCUAAUUUUUGGAACGUCAGUUCCAUUUCUUUUACUUUGAUCGCACAGUUCACACUUGAUCAAACGUUCGUGAUCGUGACGUAAAAAUAUAGAGCAGCACAUUGAUUACUCUCGCUAGAAAAAAAAAGAUUAAGGAAGAAAGCUCAUACCUAUUAACAGACAUAACAUUGUAAUUAAUAGCAGUGGCGUGAUGUGAUUUGUGCUUAUUGAUUAGCAGUCUAAUUUGAUAGAUUUGGUUUUACACGCGCCGGGCAUAACUCUUGAUGAUAAGGCAGCCGUCGAAAAGUAGAUCGAUAUAUUUGGUUAAAUAAUCAGUUUUGCAAGGACAUCAUCGCUUGAGACCAGAUAUAUUUAUCGAAAAAGGCACUAAAUUACGAAAGAUGAAGAAAAAAACACCAGUGCAGGAAGAUUCUCCAGCACAAUAUAGCUAUGGGAUGACAACUAUAAAUGAAUUCAAAUAUAUUAACGAGCGGCCGGUAGAUGAUAUCUCAUUGGAUUUCUUUUACAAACCUCACACAAUUACUCUAUUGGCCGUAUCAAUUUUCGGUGUCAUGUAUUUCGCUUUCGUUCGAGAUCAAACGGAUAUACAGGGUAAUAUUUGGGCUGGUAUGGUUACCGUGAUAUUCUUUUUCCUAAUUAUCUCGGUGCUAGCCUUUCCAAAUGGCCCUUUCACACGUCCUCAUCCGGUUGUAUGGCGUAUGCUAUUCGGUUUAUCCGUGCUGUAUCUACUAUUUCUAUUAUUCCUGAUGUUCCAAGACUACCGUUCAAUAAUGGGAAUAUUCUACUGGUUUGAUCCAACACUGCGUGCAUUCCACAUUGACAUGGAUAAGGAAUAUGGUGCUAAUUGCUCUGACAUUUCAUUUGAACGCGUCUGGUCACAUGUGGAUGUAUUUGCUUGGGGUCACUUUCUGGGUUGGGCGUUCAAAGCGGUACUUAUCCGACAUAUGGGUAUUCUGUGGGCUAUUUCGAUUAUGUGGGAAAUUACAGAGAUCACAUUUGCUCACUUACUCCCUAACUUUGCUGAAUGUUGGUGGGAUGCUCUUAUUCUAGAUGUACUGAUUUGCAACGGCUUGGGAAUCUGGUGUGGGCUUAAAAUUUGUAAGCUGCUCGAAAUGAGAGAAUACAAGUGGGCCAGUAUUCGAGAUAUUUCCUCAACAAAAGAAAAACUGAAACGCGCAGUGCUUCAGUUUACUCCUGAAAGCUGGGGACCAGUUCGAUGGCUCGACCCGAAAUGUACUUAUAUGAGAUUUUUUGCGGUGAGCCAACUGGUAUUGCUGUGGCAGUUGACUGAAUUGAAUACGUUCUUCCUUAAGCAUAUCUUCGAAAUGCCCCCGUCGCAUCCCGUUGUUAUUGGUCGGUUAGUAUUCGUAGGUCUAUUCACUGCGCCUUCCGUCCGACAGUAUUACAUAUAUGUUACUGAUACUCGAUGUAAACGAUUGGGAACGCAAUGUUGGGUGUACAUUGCCAUUUUAGUCUCUGAGGCGAUUUUGUGCAUCAAGAAUGGUACGGAAUUGUUCGAACGGACGCAGGUUAAAAAUAUCGUGAUGUGGCUAUUCAUACAAGCGGCGAUUUCAGUGCUUUUUGUUUACGGUUGCAUGCUGUGGUACAAAUAUGUCGAUGACAGUAACUCACACAGCUCUUCUCCGAUUAAGCACUCGAAACGCGAGUUCAACGACUCUACAGUGGCAUCAGAGAUUUCCAAGGGUAAAUCAUCGACAAAAAACACUCCAAAAACUACUCCUACCAAAACUGCACGAUCUCAUCAAAAUAAUGUUAAAGAAGAUUAGAUAAAUGGAUUGACUGGUUUUGAAUGUUUGUGACUCUAUCUCAUUGGACUAAGUUAAUUUAGCAUUGUUUUUGUUCAGCAAGUUCAUUUUAGAUAACAAGGCAUACCAGAAACAUGGAUAAACUGAGAUCAACCGCUUAGUAGUAACUUAUUAGAAUGAAAAAAAGAAAUGUUGUGUGCCAGACGUAUGGUUAUUUUGUUUUUUUUUUUUUUAGUUAAACUUCAAGUUGGAACUUUGAUACCAGUCAGGUUUGGACUUUUGUACGUAGAUUUCGUUGAAAUUGAUAGUAUACUGUGCAAAACUGUAGACUAAAGCUCAAUUAAUUUAACAGCAGGAUACAAUACAUGCACGAUGGAGGUAAAAUGCUUAGUUCUUGAGAGUCAGUUGUUAAGUAAAAUUUUUAUCGUAACAUGAAAACUCCUACGUUUUCUGAAAUGUAUGCUUCAGUACAGAUCAAAUUAUUACUUUUCGAAAUACAAUUUAUUGACAUAUCCUGUUGGAAGUAAAGAAAUUAGAAAAUCAACGGUUCAAAAUUUGAUACUGAAGGAAGUGAUCGCUCGGAAUGUGCUUAGAUUGGAAUGUUGUAGGUAUUUAAAAAUUACCAAAAGAAUUGAUUCGUACUAAUUUUGAUGACCAUUUGAAGACCAUAUUUUGAAAAAAAUAAUAAAAUGCAUCAUUAAAAAAAAUUGGAAACAUUUAAUAAAAAUCGAUAUCAUUUGUGGCGGUUUUCAAGCAUGCUUUGCUCUAUGGUUGCUAUGUAAUAAAAUUUGACGUGCGAAUAAACAAAUAUUUCGUGUUAAGAUUAGUUUAAGCACCACGCAUAGUGAACAAGGCUGAUAUUUGAAAACAAAAAAAAAACAAUUCUUAUUGUUCUUCGGUUAGAAUAAGUACAAGAACUACUCCGGUCGCGUUAGGUAGUUUAUUCCAAAUUACUAUGAUGGCUUCAAUUUUUAGAAAAUGAACAUUCUUCAUAACGGUUGAGUAGCUAUCAUAUGACAAUUAUAUAAUCAUGAAACUUGGACUCGCAUUGACCGUUGCAUUAAUGUUACUGUUGACGUGUCCGUAAUACUGAUCACGGCAGUUUAUUCUGAAGCUAAUGUACCUACCUGGAAUAGAAAUGACAUCGGUUUCUUGUCACCAUAGAGUAUGAAUGGACAAUAGUUUUACAGAUUUAUUUAUUAACUGUAACAGCUUUUGGGCUUCCUAUCCUUGUUUUUUUUUUAUCACAAGCGUUUUUUUUGUUUUCUUUUUGAGAUAAUUUGGUUGGUGCAAAGAGUAACAUAACUCUACAUUUGGAUUUUAAUAGUUAAAUGUUCAAAACAUAAAUGGGGUCUAAUCUAGAUUUUUUUGUUUAGUUUAUUAUUGCUAUCUGUACUAGUGUUUCAUUGCGCAUGUUAAGCUGCAUUUUGUCGAAAUUUUCUAGUCAAUAAGAUCCAAGAGAAAGACACCUAGUUUUAGAAGUUUUAAGGAAUAAAUCAUAAAGUUCAAAUAAAUCUAUUGUUUUUAAGAAAUAA